CCGAGUCUUCUGCGCGCCGCCUUAGGAUCUCAUGUGGCGGCCGGGCGCGGCCUGCGCUCUGCUCUUCUCCCGGGUCGCGGCCCGGGGCCGGCAGGGAGGCGCCGGCGGGCGCUGGAAGGGACAGGAGGAGGCCGCGGCGGCGCCUCCUCUCCAGAGAAGCGACUGCGGCUUCGCUCUCCUCCCGGGCCGGCCGGAUGUGCAGCCGCAUUGUUUAUAUGGCGUUCUCAUAGUCAAAGCCAAGAGUGCUCAACUGCAAUGCAUAAGAAGUGCAGGAACUCAAAUUGACAAAAGCUCAAUAGAUGAAACUACGUAUGAAAAACUUGCUGAAGAAACCCUGGAGUCAUUAACAGAUUUCUUUGAGGAGCUGGCAGACAAGCCCUUUGCUCCUCAAGAUUAUGAUGUCUCAUUUUCGUCCGGAGUAUUAACAGUUAAAUUGGGUGGAAGCAUGGGAACAUAUGUGAUCAACAAACAGACACCAAACAAACAGAUAUGGCUGUCAUCUCCAAGCAGAUAAAGAUGGCGCCCUGCCAAAGUCGUGGUGCAUCUCCAAAAUCCAAUUUCUCUUACAUUCCAAGAUAACAACCUUCUCUUCUUCUGACCAAAUACUGUAUUGGCCUGAAUAUAAGCCUCACUUUCCCCCAAAUUCCAACCGUGAAAAGUUAAAGUGUGGCUUACAUUCUCAACCUUACAGUAUGCAGCCAGGAGCUUGGGGCAAACCGGUGCCCGGAAGGGGAAAGGCCCCCGACAACGCAGUGCGGCUUAAAAAGUUAAGUUCAGUCAAAAUCAACCAUGAGGUGUGGUGCUCAUUUCCGCUUUCCAGCCGAGGAUGUCAGUGUUUGUUCGCAGACCGCUUUUCCAGGUCAUGUGGCUAGCAGGACUAAACUACCGGCACAGAUCCUGCUAGGUUGGCAGGAGCUGGGACAAAGCAAAGAGAGCUCACCCUGUCACACGGAUUUGAACUGCCGACCUUAUGAUUGGCAAGCCCAAGAAGCUCAGUGGUUUAAACCCCAGUGCCACCUCACCUGCCUUACAUGAGUCCCAAGUUCUUUCUACUAGUACAAAGUCAUCAACAUUGUCUAAUCAGGCAGUUUGCACAGAAUAAUUGUGUUGGUUCUUACCUGCAGCUACUCAUAGUUGAAGAAUGAAUGGAAGUUUGAAAGUGGACACAGGUAAAACUUAAAUCACAAUGGGUAGCUAGCAGGGUAGAGUUGGCUGCUCUUGAGAGCACCUGGUUUCCCCCCGUUAUCCUUGUAGUCCUUCUGUAUCCAUCACUGACCAGUGCUUUCAAGCUGUAGCAAUAGUGUGUACAGAAUUAAAAAACAUGCUUAGCUUAUGAAACACAUGGCCUCCCUCAAAUUCUCACCUGACCACAGUGACCUUUGAAGACUCUGAACUUUGCAAACCUAUUUGAUCCACACCACAUGGAUUAAUGUGUGAAUUGAAAUAUAAUAAACCUUCAAAUUUAGCAAAUUUUAUGAUGCAGUUCUUUUAAAAACUUACCAGAAUGUAAAAAUGUGCAUUUUAGGCUACUGUACAUUUAUAUUAUUUAUAUCAAUAGGAGGGCUAGGCGAUAUCUGGUUUUCAAUAUUGUGAUAUAUCACUCGCUAAAAAUUGCAAUAUACCAAUAUAACAUGAUUUCUGAAGUAAGGGCUAUGUAGAGGCAUUGGCUGGCUUCAAGGUUUUCCCACAUUGUGAUUUUUGCUUAGUGCACACAUACUCACCUUGAUUUGCAAUAUAUUCCCUAGUCAAAAAUUAUGAAACCAAUAACAUGAUAGGGACUUCAAACCAGUUUUGAACAAUAUAUCACCCAGUCAUAAAGCAAGUACAUUUAGAUAAAUAAGCAUGCAUAUUUUAAACAAGUACAUUUGGAUGAAAUGGGUUUAUGUAUUUCCCCACAUAUAUACUGUAUAUAUAUUUUAAAAUCACACAUAAUGCAGAAACAGCACGGAAUUAAAUGAAUGAGCACAUGAAAUGGAUUGCUGUAAUUCCCUUCUCCAAGCAUUGUUCCCACUUAGACUGCACUGCUUAAAGUAGCAAUGCAGAAGACAAAUCUUGACUACAGAAAAUAAAUAAUAGCCUAAAUCACUACAUAGGCCUUGAGAGGUUAAUAUACUGUAGCUUGUGCUAUAGAAAUUUGAUUUAGAAAAAUUAAGUAAUUUUGAGGCAUUAAGAUUUGAAUUUA